GUCCUUUAGAUGUGUUACUUGCCCCUAAGAAACCUAGCCCUCAAUCUCAAGAAAUAUUGAAGGGUAGGAAAGAAAGAAAGGGGAUUUUUGGUGCUUGUGACAAAGUUUGUAGGGAAAAAGCUUGUGAAGCAAUUGCAAGGAAGUGGAUGAGGUGGACAUCAAAAUGUUGGAGUUCAAGAAAGAAUGGGCAAUAAAGGGUUGUUCUAUUUUAUCCGAUGGAUGGCGUGAUUCGGUGGUGCAAAAAGAUAUUGUCAACUUUCUUGUCAACUCUCCAAGAGGCUCCGUGUUCAUCAAAUCGGUGGAAGUUUCCGAAGUUGUGAAAGAUGCACAAACGUUGUUUACAAUGCUUGAUGCCAUUGUUGAGGAAGUUGGAGAGGCAAAUGUUGUGCAAGUGGUGACAGAUAAUGCUUCUAACUAUGUUAAAGCGGGGAAAUUUCUUAUGCUCGAAAGACCACAUCUCUAUUGGACUCCAUGUGCUGCACAUUGUGUGGACUUGAUGUUGGAGGAUAUUGGAAAGCUUCCAAUGAUUAAGAAUGCUAUCAAGAAGGCAAUCUACAUGAAUGGUUAUAUAUAUAACCAUGUCGCCGUUGUGAACAUGAUGAGGAGAUUCACCAAUCAAAGGAAUUUGCAUCGACCAGCGGUCACAGGAUUUGCAACUUCCUUUAUCACUCUUGCACAAUAUCACAGGCAAAAAAACAAUUUGAGGAAAAUGGUUACUUCGGAAGAGUGGAUUGCUUCAAAGUGGCAAAAGGAUGCGGGAGGGAGGAAGAUGACAUCUAUUAUUUUGCAAGACACAUUUUGGAGGAAUGUGUUGUAUGCUCUUAAGUUGGUAGGUCCCCUUGUGAAAGUACUUCGGAUGGUUGAUGGGGAUAAAAAACCGGCAAUGGGGUACAUUUAUGAAGCUAUGGAUAGAGCUAAAGAGACUAUUGCUAAGAGUUUUGGUCACAAAGAGGAGCGUUACAAAGAAGCUUUUGAGAUAAUUGAUAAAAGAUGGGAUUGCCAACUUCAUCGCCCUUUACAUGCGGCCGGAUACUUUCUAAAUCCGGAAAUCUAUUAUGAUAAUCCAGAGGGAGUGAGUUGUCAAGAGGUUGAGAAAGGCUUGUAUGAAAGCAUUCAAAGGUUGGUUCACGAUGAAGCAACUCAAGACAAGAUCAUGGUUGAGUUAGAUGCCUACAAAAAUGCAACGGGUGUAUUUGGCAAUGCAAUGGCGAUUAGACAUAGAAAGAUGAAAUCACCGACGGAUUGGUGGUCUUGUUAUGGAUCUUCAAGUCCCAACCUCAAAUCUUUUGCGAUAAAAGUUCUUAGCCUCACUUGUAGUGCUACCGGAUGUGAGAGAAAUUGGAGUGUCUUUCAACAUCUUCAUACCAAGAAGAGAAACCGAUUGGCACAAGACCGGCUCAAUCACUUGGUUUAUGUGAAGUAUAAUCGCACUUUGGAAAGGCGAUACAAGAGGAAAGACACAAUAGAUCCUAUUUUAUUAGAAGAGAUUGAUGAUAGCAAUGAAUGGUUGCUUGGACAUAUGGAUGAGGACUCUUCUAAUGAAGAUAAUGAUCUUGUGUUUGGAGAUGAUAAUUUGAUAUGGAGUGCCGUUAGCAAGGCUUCGGGAGCUAAUGAUCCUAUUUAUAGCACUAGACAUGCAUCUAGAGUUGAUAAAGGAAAGGGUGUAGUUGCUUCGGGUUCAAGAAGACUCUUAGAUGAGGAUGAGGAUGAGGUUGGGGAGGAGAUGGAAGAGGACAUUGGUGAAGACAAAGAUGAUGAAGGAGAUGGGGAUGAUGCACUUAAUGAUGAUGAUUUUUGAUUAGUUGCUUGAGAUUUGAUUGAACUUUUAAACUUGCGUACUUUAAACUUAAGUAUUUGUGUGUUUUAAUUUUUAAAUUAAGUAUUUGUGUGUUUAAGUAUUUGUGGUUUUAA